AUGACAUCAAUGUCAUCCGCAUUUCUAGGCCAUGUGCGUAUUUUCCUUGCUUCCAUUCUGUCCGUCCUCUUAGUACUUGGCCACACGUUUGUCUUUAACCCGGUACGUGCGGCCACGGUUGUGGCGUGGCGGAUCCUGCGUCUUGUAAUCUUAGAGUACCAGCAACAGCAGCUUGAUCAUAACGGGUCUCCUCGCGUUCGUCCCAAUUCUCCCAACAGUGAUACGAUACGUUUACUUGAGGAUCCGCAGCUUACGGACCCAGAUACCGGACCUGAUACAGUCACACCUAACACACCAGCUGCGCGCACGUCUCCAGUGUUGGAUUCGCAAGAUAUACAUUAUGAGGAGUUGCAGCGUCACAGGGAAUACGAGCAGCUGGUAGCCGCAACAUCUAAUACAUCAGCCGCCUCGGGGGAAUUACAAUCAGAAAGAUCGGAAAUUAGGCGUAGACGCGUGCACCGACAGAGCGCAGAAGCCAAUUUGCAGCGACAGGACCGAGAUGCAGUGGCUGCGGCUUCGCGUGCAGUGGCCCGUGCAGCUACCAUGUCUGCAGUUGCAGCCGCGUUACGCGACAUUGACGACGAGAAUGAUGAUGAUGAUGAAGAAGAUGGUGAGGAAGUAGAAAUGGAUGGUAACGGUAGUGUGAUUUAUACAGGGCUUUUGCAGACCCCCGCUAGGCUCUUUUUUGGAAACCUCAAUGGCAACAACUUUGAUCAAGAGAUUAACGACAGUGAAAAUAUAUACAACAAUGACCAUGAUGAUGACGAACAUGAUAGUGAUAUGGAGAACCUAGUGGAAUGGCUGCUACAUGCUACUGAUACGCCUGAGGAUACUCCUGUUGAUGGCAGUGCAUUGCUACGACUGGCAGGGACUCCGCGUCACAAUCAGGGAUCGCCGCACUGGCGCAGUUCAUGGACAUCAACAUCGUUGCUUGGAGAGAAUGAAAGAGCUACUACUAACUCAACUACUACAGAAGCAGUUGAAGACUCUACAGAACAAGACCGCAUAAGAGAUCGAGAGCGGCGGAGGGCUGCUGCACGAGCACGGGCACGGGAAUCUGUCUAUGGGCUGGCGAGCGGGAUUGCACGAGCACAUGGAGGGAGUCCAGGCGGUACCGGGUCCAGAAGUUCCCCCACUAAUGGCAGUGGCAGUGGCAGUGGUACUCGGGGUUUGCGUACAUUUGAGACCGGAUCGUCAUCCUCAUCACCACAACUGCGCGGCUUAGGAAUAGAAUCUGGGACUUCUGCCUCAAGGUUUUUCUCCCAACUUAGUUUCUCGUCUCAGCCUGUGGGCAGCAGCUCCCAGCACCAGUCAGCAGUUUAUUUGCCUGGAGGCACUUCCACCACAAGGUUUUCUCAAUCUCAACCACUACCACCACCUAAUAUUACCAACACUAACACUUCCAACACCAUCACAGCAAGAAGCAACACCACAAGACUCCCACCUCUAGCAAUGUCUUCUAGAAACUCCCGUCCGAACGUCAUUCCGGCACUUAGAGGAGCUGCAAAUACUGUUGCUGGCGCUAAUGCUUUGGGAGCUGCUGCUGCCGAAGCUGCUGCCUCUGCGGCCGCUGCUUCUCGCCGUACUAACUCUACUGCAAAUUCUGCCAACAAUAACCGAGCCUCGACCCGCAUACCGUCGGCCUCAUCGUCAGCUGCAAACACAACUACAUCUUCAACUCGUCAAACACCAAGAUGGCUCAGAAGAGCCUCUGGAACUGAUGGUGCUGGUGCUUCUUCCUCCUCGGCUCUCCCAUCUUCUGGUGAAGGGUUUGCCACAUUUCCUCCCAAGACAUAUUCAGAUGCGACCUGGGCUGCAUUUGCGUCGUCUUUCCCUAUUUCCAAAACUGAGCUCAAUGCGCUCAUUAUGAAUUAUCUGAUUGUUGAGGGCUACCAGUCGGCCGCACUAAAGUUUUCGCGCGAGGCAAAUGUGCCCAUUGCAUCUUCCACAUCACUGGCCAAUGGCGAGUACGAUGUGUCUCGACUUGGCUCGUCUGCAGUAGCUGCAGAUAUUUCUUCUUCUUCCUCAUCUCCACAAAGCAGUGCCGACUUUUUGCCAGCUGGUCUGGCAGACGACACUACUCCAGGUAACAUGUAUUUCCGGAAAGAACCCCCGAUCUUUUCUCUUGACUCCGUGCAUGAGCGUAUGGUCAUCAAAUCGCUUAUUCUAACGGGUUCUAUUCAGCAAGCUAUUGAAAAAAUUAACGAUGUAGACCCCGAGCUUUUAGAUACAAAUUCAGGACUACACUUUUCACUGCUACGACUACAGCUCAUUGAACUUAUUCGCGCAGCAAACAAUGCACGGGCACAGCGUAAAAGCAGCAGCAGUAACAACAACAACAACAACAGUGAAGACGCAUCUGCAAAUAGUGAUCUUGAUUUGAUUCAACCGGCGCUUGACUUUGCAUCGUCGCAUUUGGCUCGCCGCGCACCUGCUAACCCCAAGUUCUUGGAGUAUCUGGAGCAGACCAUGGCCCUGCUAUGCUUCCCCCCUGAUAAACUUGUACCUCAGUUGCAAGAGCUCAUGGACCCCAAAAUGCGCAAGAUGGUUGCUCAGGAGGUCAAUACUUUGCUUUUGGCGCGCCAGGGUAUUUCUGGCGAGUCCAACAUUCACUCUCUAAUUAGGCUAUGGGGCUGGGCUGAGCGUGAGCUUGUAGACCAUGAGGGUGUUUCCAUCCCUGUUCUUAACCCAUCUUCUUUAAUAAACUAA